GUCCUUAAAGGUUCUUAUUCACACUUAUCUGAUGAACAUCCCCGAGGGCACCAAGACCCGGCAAACGGAGGCCUGGGCGACAGUUCCACCGUGCCGUUGAUGCUGAAUUCAUCAAACCGUCAGCUCUACUCGUUUGAGGCCGAAGUCGAUGGAGGCAAAGGCUGCAACGAUGGUGAAGAACCGGCAGUCCAUGGCAUGGCGGUUCCCGUGGAGAAGCACAGCAAACUCUGUGACACCAGAGACAUAGACUUCUGCUCCAGGGACAGACGACGUGGAUCGCUGACAGACAGCUGCUAUGAGAACGCCCACCUUUGA